UUGUUGUGCGCGAAAACGUUCAGCUUUUAAAACAGUUCUCUACAAGUCUUGGAGCCACCAACCACAAAUGAUUCGUUUGGUUCUAGUUUCUUCUUUCAUUUUGAUCUUGGGUUUCUACGAAGCCAAAGGUGCACCGAAUGGCCUUCCACUCAGGAAUGACGAGACACGUACUCGCUAUCGACCAAUUGAAGAAAAAGGGGUAGAGGUAGCUUCUUACGGGAGGGUUGUUGAAGGGAAACUGGAGCCAGAGACGAAGGUUGCGUUGGGUGUUCUAGGGGGACUUGUGGUGACCUCUCCGGUAUGGGCUUCAGCAGGGGCAAUUGCGGGGCCACCCUUCGUGAUUUACAAAGCGGCUCAGGGUUUAAGUUGGUUGUUGACUGGAAAUUCAUCAUGAGUGAAUCUUACAUCCUUCAUAUACGUAAAAACAAUCAGAUGAAUUGUUAGUGCCCUUGACUGUGAAAUCAUAAGACAUUAAAAUAUGCAUUUCAUGAAUUAA